CACAAAAACCCCACAGAGCUAAACGGACUUUGGGCAUACCACAGUCAUGGGCUUUCUUCCCUUCUUCUCGUUUGAAACAUGGAUUCUUCUGAUCUCAUUUGUCUUCCUGUUUGUUUUGUAUGGCCACUGGACAUUUGGAGUAUUCAAGAAGUUGGGGAUCGCAGGACCUAAGCCAGUGAUGUACUGGGGGACCGUUGGGAGAUAUAACCAGGUGUACUACUUGGAUGACAAUGAAUGUGCUAAAAAGUAUGGAAGAGUGUGGGGCCUCUAUGAGCUCAGGAAGCCAAUGCUGGCGGUGAUGGAUCCUGAAAUGCUGAAAACCAUCCUUGUUAAAGAGUGCUUCACGUUCUUUACCAACCGAAGGAACUUCCGUCUCAAUGGGGAGCUCUAUGACGCAGUGAAUAUUGCUGAAGAUGACCAGUGGAGACGAAUUCGUAACCAAGUUACUCCCUCCUUUGCCUCUGGACGUAUAAAAGAGAUGUUCAGCAUAAUGCAACAUCAUUCCCACAAACUGAUGGUUAGCUUGCAGUCUAAGGUGGACAACAAUGAAGUUAUUACCGUUAAAGACACAUUUGGACCCUACAGCAUGGAUGUGAUGGUAAGCUGUGUAUUUGGUGUGGACCUGGACUCAAUCAACAAGCCUGCAAAUCCCUUCAUUACCCAUGCCUCAAAGCUUUUUAAUUUUCCUUUGCCUCUUUUCUUUUUACAAGGGUUUUUUCCAUUCUUCCUUCCUCUUUUGGAGCUCCUUGGGCUUUCAUUUUUCCCCAAGUCCUCUACUACUUUCUUUAGAGCGGUUGUGGAGAAAAUAAGAGCAGAAAGGAAUGAGAGCUCAAGAAAGAAUUUGACAGAUAUUCUUCAGUAUUUCAUCAACUCAAAAUCCAGUAAAGAAAGGGAGAAUCUGGGUCUGAAUGAUCAUGAGAUCUUUUCUCAAGUCACAAUGCUCCUGUUUGCUGGUUAUGAAACCAGUGCCACCACUCUCGUUUUCUUAGCAUACACUUUGGCAAGGAAUCCUGAAGUCAUGAAACGUCUGCAACAAGAGAUAGACUCAACUUUUCCGCACAAGGGUCCAGUCCAGUAUGACAGUCUGAUGCAGAUGGAGUACCUCAGCAGUGUGGUGGAUGAGUGUUUGAGGCUCUACCCCCCAGCUGCACGUUUGGAGCGAACGGCUAAGGAAACGGUCAAAGUCAAAGGAAUAACGAUCCCAAAGAACAUGGUUGUUAUGAUUCCAGUCUAUGCCCUGCACCGAGACCCAGAGCUGUGGCCGGAUCCAGAGGAGUUCAAACCUGACAGAUUCAGCAAGGAGAAUAAACAGAGCAUCGACCCAUACACUUAUCUGCCUUUUGGGGUCGGACCGAGGAACUGUUUGGGGAGGCGAUUCGCCAUGGCGUUGAUUAAACUGGCCUUGGUGAAGGUAUUGCAGAACUACAGCUUCCUGGUCUGUGAGGAGACAGAGAUCCCUUUGAAGAUGAACCCUGAAGGCCUUGUUGGACCUCAGCGACCAAUCAAACUAAAGCUGCAGAAACGCUCUGUCAGCUCAGCAGAUGUGGAGAACUGAAGAUGACCAGGUGUCUGAUUGUACAUCGCUCAAUGCUGAGCCUAUAUAUGAAUGCUAUAGCUUGUUUUGAUAACGUGCACUCAACACUAAUUUCAGUAUACAUAUCAAUAAUGAACAUUAUUUAAAUUGGACAUUCUAGAACCAUCUAACUUCAUUUUGUGAAUGAUACACAUGUUGCUUUCUUCUUACUCACUUGGCCUGAGAUUACUUGACAUUACCUGAUGAUCCAAUAGAAGAAAAAUCAUUGAUGUGAAAGAGGGAGAAAACAUACAAAUAAUUAAUUUCUCUGAAAAUAUAAUGAGGCAUAAAAUGGGAAUAUGAGGAAACAGGCAGUUACUUAAACUUACCUGUAUACUCUGUGUGUUCUAGUACUAAAACAUUACGCUGAAGACUUCUGAGUAAGUUUUUGUUCACCUAAACUGUCUUUAAAUGUGGAAGAUUUUCAGUGGAAAUUGUUAAUA